GGGCGGCCGGGCGGGCGCCAGCCUCCCGCGAGGCAGGGCUGGACGGGAGCGCGACCUCCCGCAGGCGAGUUCGAAGGAGGGGGGAGGCGACGUCACGCUCUCGCAAGCGAGGGGGCGGCAGAGGGUCUGCGGGCACGUGACGGCGCCGAUGGCUCUGGGCUCCGCGCCCGCCCGAGUGCGCAUGGGCUCGCCCUGAAAGCGCGGAGAAGCGCUGGGUCUGUCUCCGUCUUUGCGGUAGAGUAGGAAGUGGCUUCUUCGGGGGAGACGUAAGGAGGAAGACGCUUCUCCGGAGCAAACAAGAGCUGCAUCAUUACCAGAAAAAAAAAAUUCUGGCUCAGCAGUAACUAAACCUCAGGUGGUUGUGGCUCCAGUGGUAAUGUCAAAGCUGUCAGUAAAUGCACCUGAAUUUUACCCAUCAGGAUAUACCCCAAAUCAUACUGAAUCUUCUUUAGAAGAUGGCUGUGAUGGAUAUCCAACUUCAACAGAAUACGUGCAGGAUUUUCUAAAUCAUCUUGCAGAGCAGCCGGCCUGUUUUGAAACUGAAAUAGCACAUUUUGCGGAAACUGUGAAUGGCUGCGUGACUACAGAUGAAGCUUUACAAGAACUUGUUGAACUCAUAUAUCAACAGGCUACAUCUGUCCCCAAUUUUUCCUAUAUGGGGGCAAGGCUGUGCAAUUAUCUUUCUCAUCAUCUCACCAUUAAUCCACAAAGUGGCAACUUCAGACAAUUACUGCUUCACAGGUGUCGAAAAGAAUAUGAAAAUAGAGAUGUGGCUGCCAAAGGAGAUGAAGCUGUGAGGAAAAGAUUUCAUGCAUUUGUGCUGUUUUUGGCUGAACUUUAUCUAAAUCUAGAGAUUAAAGGAACUAAAGGACAGCUAACCCGAGCUGAGAUUCUUCAAAGUGGGCUUCAUGAGCUAUUAAACACACUUUUUUCGAAUCCUGUGGACAACAAUUUAAUCUGUGCAGUAAAGCUACUGAAAUUGACAGGAUCAGUCCUUGAAGAUGCAUGGAAAGAAAAAGGAAAGACUUAUAUGGAUGACAUAAUACAGAAAAUUGAAAAUGUUGUCUUGGAUGCAAAUUGCAGCAGAGAUGUAAAGCAUAUGUUAUUAAAACUGGUAGAACUGCGGUCAAGUAAUUGGGGAAGGGUACAUAUUACUUCAACAUACAGGGAAGCAACUCCAGAAAAUGAUCCCAACUACUUCAUGAAUGAACCAACAUUUUACACAUCAGAGGGUGUGCCUUUCACUGCAGCAGAUCCAGAUUACCAAGAGAAAUAUCAGGAACUUCUUGAAAGGCAAGAUUUGUUUCAAGAGUAUGAAGAAAAUGGAACAGGAGCUGAAGACCAAUAUUUUGAUGAUGAAGAUGAUGAUGCAGAAGAUGAGAUGGAUCCAGAAAUUGAAGAAGCAUUUGAAAAAUUUUGCUUAGAAUCUGAACGCAAGAGGAAACAAUAAGAUCUUACACAUGAAUGUUAAUAUUUGUUUAAAAAAAACAGCGUAGAAUGAACAGCAAGUACAUGAAUGGAACAUCCUUUAGUCCAUAUCAAAGGAAAUUAAGUUUCUCCAAGUAUGCAAUUUCCAUUUUGUUAAACAGAAUCUGCCAAAAACAAAAAGCAAUUGUAAAGUUAAAUUCUGUAACUUGAAUAAUAUGUAAAUAUUAUAGUUUAUUUUAUGUACAGUUAAAUAAGCAGUGUUUUUGCUGGAACAAAUUUAUUUGGCGUGUCACAUUAAUCAAAAAGUUCAACUUAAAUUUGUAUUAAAAACCCACACUAUUUCUGAAGUAAAAUCCCUUCAAUCAUAACACAUUUUGACUUGCUUUUGGAAUGGAUUUGUACAUCCUUUCCAUUGCAUAGGUCGUAGUAUUCAUCCCAUAUUUUUAGGCUCAUGGAAUUGCCAAAAUUGUUUUCUUAAUGUUUUACAAAUCAUGAAAAUUGUAACCACCCAAGAACAAUUUGGAAAUGUGCACAAAAAAUUGAUUUUCAAGCAGCUAUAUAAUCAAUUUGGUGUUUUAGUUCAUGGAAGCAGUCUUCAACAUUGUUACUCAGUUUUAGGUGUCACAUUAGUGAUCUUCUGAACUAUGGGUUUAGAUGAUCAGAAAUGUGUCAUGUGUUUAUUCCUUUCCCCAUUUCCAUAUUAAUACUUCCUGCUUUAGCCAUUGUUUAUUGUCAUGCAUGUUUUGACAAAACAGUGAUUAAUGCUAAUCAGGAUUACUUUGAAAUUCUGGUUAGCAAAUCUGGUUCAUCAAGGAAAGGAGAAGAUUGCAAAGUCCCAAAAAAUCCAUGGUUUAGGGUGCCUUUCUAAAUCUUGGUCCACAGGUAGCAGCCUAGAAAUUCUAUGACUGUGACCUUUGCCCAUGUUUGCAGGAGAUAAUUAGAUUUUCAGUCCAGUAACAUUGGGCCCUAAGAUAAGGACUUGCUGUUUUAGAGGUUUCAAAGCAUAAUGUCUGAAUUCAGCCAUUUUUUGUUGAUUUCCACUUCAAAUUUUUAAAGAAGUUACUUUUUAGUUCAAAGUUCAUAGUAAUUUGUGUCUUUGGAAUGCAUACUAGAAAGAAAACAAGUCUGCCUCUUUUUAGUUUGCAUCACAUUUAUCAAGUAAAUUGUUUACAAAAAAAAAUGUCUACUGGUUAUGAUGUCUUCCCUUUAAAUCACCUGUUUUUCUCUCUAAAAAUUUUGUCCAGGAUACUUUUAACAUUUUUGUUCACCAUUUUAUAUUGAAUAGAUUACCUAGAAUCUUAUUUCCUAACACCAAAUGUGUUGAACUUCCUGAGAAAUAGGUUAAAUAACUUAUAUAAAGACAGAGGUUGUAAAUAAGUAUGUAAAUAGUGCUGUUUAAUAUUGCACUGUUAUAACUUGGUACAAUUUGUGUCUGUUAAAUGAGUUAGUAUAAAAUUAUAUCUUCUGGUUGUUUAGCUUUUAGUUAACACCAUAUUUUGGAAAAAAUAAACAGGGUUUUUUGUUGUU